CUCCCUCUUGGAAUGUCCUGAAUGGGGAAGGAUUCCCGCGUGGGAACUUUUUGCCAAACAGAAAAAAAGAGCCCGUAAGGGAAAGAAAGGAAGAGAUAGCAGCAAAGCCUUCAACUUUCUACCCCACCACCAGGCCAGUUGCACGCAGAUGAUUUAAUCUUGGAAGACUUACAGGAGGAGGAGGAAGAAGAAGAAAAGUGCAACCCUGUGUUCUUACCCCAGGGUUCCAUCGCUCCAGAGGAUUCCCACUCAGAGAAUAACCUGAAGCUUUGGAGGACAAAAGAUAAAUUUGCCAGGAAUCCAUCACUGUUUGAUGAAUGAAGAACUGGAUGAGGUUCUUCGGGCAACUUCACAAAGAAGUGAAGCCAAAUACAGACAGCUUCUUUCCCUGGCCAAGAUACAGUAGGAGGCUCCAUAUCUUAUCCAAACACAGCUGACUUUGACAUGGAAGACACGUCCUCAAAGGGAAGUUUAGAGAAAAGGAAACAACAGGCAUUUUCCUGAAGUGUUGGGAUGCAGAAAACGGUGGAGCAGGUGGCUGUUGACAGAAUCCCCAAAGAACACCUGUAACUAAAAGAGAUCCAAGAGGCAGUCCUCAAAAUUCUGCAAUGCACCAGGGACUGGACACUUCACAUGUCCCAAAGACUAAAAAAAAAAAAUAUUGAAUGUGAGGAGAGAGUCGCCUAGAAUCUAUUGGGAGUUGGGCAGCGAAUAAAUUCAAAAAAAAAAAAUAUUAAAACAAAGAUCCGAACGUAACCGUUUGAAGAGAACAGCCAACGGCCCUUUGUGACCAUAGGCACGCGCCUUCCGCCACGCUGAUUGGUUGCGCGCCUCAAAGCGCUAUUGUCCCGCAAUUAGUUCCCUUCGAGCGAAUGGUGUGACGUCCUCGUGGAGGUGCCGUGGCGGUCGCGCGCCAAAAAACAAAGGCGCGAGGCGGCGAAGAAAUGGCGUCGAGCGCUUCGGACCACCUACAGAAGGAAAGUGGUCCCAAAGAAGAAGAGGGAGCUGCCGGCACGUCUCCUGGCCCAUUGGAGAGCCCACCUCGAAAGGCGAAGGGCCACCGUCUCUUUCGUCUCGGCGGGGAGGAAGACCACGGGGAGGAGGAAGCUGGGCCGCUGCCGAGGGAAUUCCCAUCGUACCUGGGAGCGCUGACCGGCCGGGAGAAGGUGGCGCUGUAUUGCGACGACCUCUUGAAGGGUUGCAAGGCAGAAGAUGCUAAUGAAGCUGUGAGUAAGUAUCUUGUAGAAAAAUUGAAGAUGAAAGAAAAUUGGCUUGGAAUUUGGAAAACCAACCCAGAACUUUUUUUUGUCAAUUCUGAAGAAAUUCCCAUACCUUUUAUUGGGGUGCUUGUUGAGGUUACUUGUAAACUGCCUAGCAAUCCUUCAGCUAAUUUUAAUGUUUCCGUAUCUAUAGAUGAACCUUUUUCCUCUAAUAUUGCAAAUAUUCCAAAACAGUUAGUUGAUGAAAUAUUAGAAGAAAUGGACUAUUGUGUGCCUCUUUUAGAAGUAUAUCCUGUUGAGGGACAGGAUAGUGUAGUGUUUGAUAUAGCCAAGGCUUUAGAAAUUGUGAGAUUUUUCUAUGACUUUCUUUGGAGAGAUUGGGAUGAUGAUGAAAAUAGUGAGACCUAUGCUGCAUUAAUAGAAGAGAGAAUUAAAAUUUGGUGUGAUAUUCAGAAUGGAAUUAUUCCAGCUCCAAUUGCCCAUCGCUUUAGAAGAAAUUUGGAAAAAUACAAGACCAUGCAUUUGGAAUUAAUUCAAUACCAAAGUAAUGUCAAAGAGGAGCCCACAGCAGAAGAAGCUGUUGAGUGUUGGAAAAAAUACUAUGAACUAAUAAUGCUGUGUGGCUUGUUGAAAAUAUGGGAAGAUUUACGUUUAAGAGCUCAUGGACCCCUGGCCCCAAGGAUACUGAAGCGUAGAAAAGGACACAGACAUGAUGGGGAAAUUGUAACUUACAUUGUUGCAAAAACAGUAACAGCAGAAGUGGCUAAAGAAUUAUCCUCUGAUACAGUUGUUCAACAGAAUGAGAACCUAAACAUAGCUUUGGACCGUUGUUAUAGUGGUGAUAAUGUGCUUAUUUUCCCUGGAGAAUAUAAAGCAUCAAACUUGUCUAUGUUAACUGAAGAUAUUAUUAUUAAAGGUGUUGGAAAACCAGAGGAAAUUGUGAUCGUUUCAGAACCUGCUAAUGAGUGUUUUGUAGUAUCUAGGGCUAAAAAUGUUAAAUUCAUGAAUAUUACAUUGCUUCAGCAAGGGACUGUUGAUGGAAUUAUUGUAGUUGAAUCUGGACACACAAUUGUGGAAAAUUGUAUACUGAAGUGUGAAGGAACUGGUAUUUGUGUACUUGUUGGGGCUUCAUUGACAAUUACAAAUAGUGAGAUUACUGGAGCACAGGGAGCUGGUGUUGAGUUAUAUCCAGGAAGUGUGGCUACCUUGGAGGAUAACAAAAUUCACCACUGCAAUAACUUCAGAACGAGUGACUCUUCACGGGGUAGUCUUGGUGGAAUUAACAUAAAGGUCCUCCCUGCUCCUAAACUAAAGAUGAAAAAUAACCAUAUUUAUAGUAACAAUGGUUACGGAGUGACAAUUAUGAAGCCUUCUGAACAGCUGGGCACCACAGCAGAAGAAACAAUGGAAUGUGCUGCAGCAGGAGAUGGAGAAGAUUCUGUUUCUAAAUUGAUGCAGGAACUGACCCUUCAGAUAAAUGCAAAUACACUGGAAGACAUUAAAGGCAUCAGCAUAGUUAACUGAAGCUGCAAGGUCUCAUGGUGUAGCCAUUUCCUAUAGCAUAAGAGAAAAGUUAAUAUUAUUAAAAACAUUGCUGUAUAAUAAAUACUGUUAAAACAGCGGCUUUAUAAACAUUUCAUAGGUAAGGAGAAAACUGAAAAGUGUGGUAUGAAUACAUUUAAACUUAUUUUUUAUCUAAUAACUUCCUGUAUCAGUAAUUUAAUAAAUCAAAGGAUUGAAUUCUAUAUGUACCCUUCCAUCAUAUUCAUAUACAUUGUUACCUAGGAAUGUAAUCUUUCAAAGAUUAGGAUAGACUGGCUUUAGGAAAAAGUUAAAACCAAUUCUUCAUUGAAUCUAUUAUGCUUAUCAAUUUUAUUUUUACUACAUUAUAAUUAGCAAUAUUAGAUAGAAAGAAGACAAAUAGAAGUUUUCUUUUACCAGUCUCCAUAAAACUUAAGCAUUAUAUUAAAUUUAAAAAAUAAGGGAGAAACUACAUCCUUAGAAAUAGUCCUAAUUUGUAAAACUGCGAUAAGGACUUCUCUGUCUAUAUUACAGACUAGGAUAUCAUCCAUUGUAGAUACAAGGCUGCCUCAAAAAUCAGACUUAAAAAGUGCUCAUCAGUCAUUCUUUAUCAAAUUGGAGAGAGGAAUUGAAUGGGAUUUUUAAUCUUUUAUUAUUUUGAAGGAAGAGAGGAUGCUUAACAGAUUGAUAGAUGACAUAUUUAGUGGGAUAACUAAUGUCUUUGUUCUUAAAAAAUUGCAAUACUGUUAACAUUAAAAAAAGAUAAAGGAUUAUAUAUUCCAGUAAAUCCAACUCUUAUACAGCCACAGUUCUUUGAGCUUUACAUAGUAAUACUGGAAGGUUUGGAACCAUUCCCAGACAUAUAAGGCAGAAGUGAUGGCAAUAAAUUCAAUCUUUGUGCUGUCAAAAGUUACAUUUAAAAAAAUUUGAUUUGUUUGUGAGAGCCCUAAAGGCUAAACCCUAAUAAACAUGCAGUAAAUGCAUUUUACUGAUUUAAUCAA